AUGGCUUCACGUCUUAGCACCGCCUGGCUUAUCGCCCAGGUUGCCACUGUUUCGGGCUUGUCUUUCAACGUGCCAUCUUCGCCGCCGGCCAACUCGAGCGCCCAGCUUUCCGAUACCCCAGUUGGCGUUUCCUUUGAGUUCUUCGCGUUCCCAGGCUAUUGGAACGAUGUAGCUAGCACCUCGACCUGUCUGCAGAACUUGAAGGACCUUUCGGGAACUUGGCCGCCCAUCAGAAUCGGUGGAACUACGCAGGACCGGGCUACCUACGAUGCAUCCUCUAGCCAACAGGUCACUUACACAGUGGCCAACGCUGGAGAUGCGCCAAGCACCUUAACCUUCGGACCGUCUUUCAUGUCCUUAGCAGGCACGUACGAUGGGAAAGUAACCAUAGGCUUCAAUCGUCGCCUCAAUAACCUUGCAAACACCGUCGCUGCUGCAGCCAAGGCGGUUGAUCAGAUUGGCAGUCUUCAUGCCAUUGAACUGGGCAACGAACCUAACUUCUUCAGCAGCAGUGACCCGAUCGCUCAAGGUUCUUCCUGGACAGCUUCAGCGGACUACAACAGCGAAGUAUCCUGGCAAGAUGCCGUGUGCGGUAAUCUCUCCGCUUCCAACCUCAUCUCCGCUGGUGUGUUCUUCGGAACCAGCCCGAUGAGCAUCGCUGGUCUGACUGCGGUCGAGGGUCAGGCCAACAGCUAUGUCAGACAGUACUGCUCGCACAACUACCCGCAGUCCAAGAGCACAGCCAAUCUAGCAAAAUUGAUGAGCCACAGCGCUAUUGCCUCACAGAUCAAGCCUUUUGCUAAUGAGGUUGCAGCCGCGUCGGCUAAGGGCAAGCCUCAUGUCUUUGGAGAGACCAACUCUGCUACCCAGGGCGGUGGAGGUAUCAGCCCAACUUAUGGUGCUGGACUGUGGCUUCUCGACUAUGUCAUGCAAUCCCUGAUCAUGGGUACAGAGACUCUGUACUUCCACCACGGCACCAUCGGAAAUUGCCAGUACUGCUGGUGGGGCAGGUACUCUAUGGGUUCUCCUUACUUUGGUGCUUACUUUGCUACCAUGGCUCUCGCCGGCGCCGACAAGAUCGCCCCGUUGGAUGAUCAGACGACCGGAUACGCAGCUUAUGCCAUCUACAAAGACGACAAACCUGUCAGGGUUCUUCUGUAUAACUCUGACUACUACACCACUGGCACUCGUUCUUCUCAGACCUUCACUCUAACAGGACUCUCUGGCUCCACUGUUUCAGCCAAGAGACUCACUGCCGCUGCUUCCACGUCCAGAGUCGAUGCCGGCCAGAGUCCGACUGUUGCGGGGCAGACGUUUGAGAAUGGAUCGUGCAAGAUUCAAGGUCAGAGUACGACUGAGUCGGCUACUGUCUCGGGAGGAAAGGCGACUUUUACUCUCCAGGCUUCCGAGGCUCUCCUGGUGAUGCUGUAA